GAACAACUAAAGGCUAAAGUCUUAGAGGCAGAGAGGGAAUGGAGUGUGGUUGGUGUUUUGGGAACAAAAGGAGAGGGAGUAAGAGAUACCAGAAAGGCACUGUUUAAAUUCUUGAGUGAAACUGGGGUAGGAAAAAGAAUUUAACAUUAGGUCAGGAAAGAACAUAGAUUUGUUUUUUGUUUUAUUUAUUUAUUUAAAUUGUAUUUUGAUUAGAGCAUAAGUUAAAGAGUUGGAAUGAUGUAAUGAUUCAUACUCAUGUACAGUAGGUGGCGGUAUGCACCUUUUAAGUUGUUUGCAAUCCGCCAAAAGCAAGAGAAGAAGAAGAAGUUGUGUAAUGUGGGUGAAAGAGGAGGAGGAGGUGCAUGGAGGACGUCAGGCGGUGACAGAGCGAAGAGGACUCGGACAGGGUGUGCAGCCAUGGAGAUGAUAAUGAUAUCAGGAUGUAUUCUGGUUCUCCCAGUCCUCGCGUUCAUCUACUCCUUCAUGUUCUGGCCUGGAUCCCUCCUUAAAGCUUACAACUGGUACAUGCGUCGCAGGCUGGGGCUGGUGAUCCGGUACUGUAAAAGCGGAAGUUACCGCUUCUGUUACAGCAGCCGCGGGACGCCGGGGGGGGCCACGCCGUCGCUGCUGCUGCUGCACGGCUUCUCCGCCUCCAAGGACAUGUGGCUGCCCAUCGUCAAGCAUCUCCCCAGAGGCCAGCAUGUGGUGUGUGUGGACAUGCCCGGACACGAGGGGACAACUCGCACCGGGGCCCAGGAUUACUGCAUUCAAGGCCAGGUCGCCAGAAUCCACCAGUUUGUGAAGAGUAUUGGUUUGGACAAAAGACCCUUCCACCUGGUGGGGACGUCGAUGGGGGGGAACGUCGCUGGAGUGUACGCUGCCCAUCACCCUGCUCACCUGUCCGGCGUCACCCUGAUGUGUCCGGCAGGUCUGGUUUUUCCCACAGAGUCUGAGUUCAUCGUUCGCCUGAGGGAGAUGGAGAAGACUCAGCAGCAGGGGUCCAUCCCUCUGAUCCCCACUACUACUCAGGAGCUGGAGUCCAUGUUGAAGCUCUGCUGCUACACCCCCAUCAGCCUCCCCAAGCAGCUCCUGCGAGGUCUCCUUGACAACAGGGUGCCCAACAAUGAUUUCUACAAAGAAGUGUUCAUGGAGAUCGUCGGGGAGAAGUCUCGCCACUCGCUGCAGGAAAACCUGCACCUGAUCACAUCCCCGGUGCAGGUGAUCUGGGGGAAGGAGGAUCAGGUGGUGGAUGUGUCGGGGGCGUCGGUGCUGCAGGCGGCGCUGCCAAACUGUCAGGUGGAGUUGAUAGAAAACUGUGGUCACUCUGUGUCGUUGGAGCGGCCCAGGAAAUCUGCCAAUCUCAUCAUGGACUUCCUGUCUAAGAAGGAAGUCAACGGUGGAAACGCUAAGAAACUUUCCUGAAGCAAGCUUUAUAACCCUAUGACCUCAGAAUGGACGAUGAAGGCUGUGAAUUUGGUUUGAUGCUCUUUUUUUGUUUGGUAUAAGAGUUUUGCUAUGACAGAGUUUAUAUCUGUAACAUUUUAAUAUUCCAAAUACUUUUUUGUUUUUGCAUGUAACUCAUAAACUGACCGCUGGGGGGCAACACAUCUUUACAGCGUUACCAUUUCUGUCAAAGAGUAGAUAAUUUAUUCAAGAUACCACUCCAGAGCAGAAGUCCCUUUGGUGUGUACAUUAUUAUAUUUGCUGAGAAGAAUUACACAAGUCAAAUUAAAGUUAUUAUUGUUGACUCAA